GCGCCGACAUCUGUCAUUAAGUGUCGUCCACAGAUAUUGUGUGGUGCUCCAGUUGUUUUAGAUUUUUUUUCAAGUUUUUAAAGUAAAACUUUAUAAAAUCUCCAAAAAUGGCCGUUUGGGAAGGAAAGAAAUACAAAUUGGAAAAGAGUGAAAACUUUGAUGAGUACAUGAAGGAGUUGGGUGUCGGUAUGGUUAUGCGUAAAAUGGGCAAUAGCGUCAGUCCCACCGUUGAGUUGAAAAAGGAUGGUGAGACCUACACUUUCACCACUACCUCAACCUUCAAGACAUCGUCGAUCAACUUCAAGCUGGGCGAGGAAUUCGAUGAAGAGACACUGGAUGGUCGUAAAGUGAAGAGCGUUAUCACUUUGGAGGGCAACAAACUGGUGCAGGAACAGAAGGGUGACAAACCKUCAACCAUUAUACGUGAAUUCACCGACUCCGAACUGGUGACUACCCUUACUAUUAACGGCGUCAAAUCCGUCAGAUUGUACAAGGCUGUAUAAAUCCAUUGUACAAAGACCAUA